CUGGUCAGGUGAAUCCUUUCAAUUAGCUCCUUGAUAUCUCCUAUUCUUCUUCCCUUCUCAUCCCAACUGCUCCGUCCCCCUCUGCGUUGUUCUUGAACAUCGGAUUCUUCUUACACCGCGAUAAGAGCUUUCACCCCGCUCUCCAACUCUGACAUCAUGCCUUCAGCUCUACUCAUCGGCGCCAUCACCCACGCCAGAAAGGAAUGGGAGGAUCUCUCGUCCAUUCUGAUGCUAAAGGAAUUCCCCGAAGGCACCAGAGACGAGUUCAUCCGGAACUGCAAAGACGGCCAGUACGAUGAUGUGGUAGUGAUUUACCGAUCCAAUGCGUCUACCAAGUUCACCGGUCCAUUCGACGCCGAGUUGCUCUCCGUCCUUCCCAAGUCAUUAAAGUAUAUCUGCCACAAUGGAGCUGGCUACGACAACAUUGACAUCCCGGCCUGUUCAGAGAAGGGAAUUGCUGUCUCCAGUACCCCAGUCGCCGUGAACCACGCAACUGCCGACGUAGGCAUCUUCCUGAUGAUUGGCGCUUUGCGCCAGGCUUAUGUGCCCUUAUCUGCUCUCCGCGCUGGCCAAUGGCAGGGAAAGACUACGCUCGGGCAUGACCCUCGGGGCAAGGUGCUUGGUAUUCUCGGGAUGGGAGGAAUCGGAAGGGAAAUGGCCAAUCGCGCACGAGCUUUCGGAAUGAAGAUACAAUACCACAACAGAUCGAGACUCUCGCCAGAGCUUGAGGGGGAUGCGCAGUAUGUCUCGUUUGAUGAGUUGUUGGCGAACGCGGAUGUCCUCAGCUUGAACCUCGCCCUCAAUGCCAAAACUCGCCAUAUCAUUGGUGAGAAGGAGUUCCAGAAAAUGAAAGACGGUGUGGUCAUUGUGAACACGGCUCGUGGUGCUUUGAUUGACGAAAAGGCUCUGGUCGCCGCUUUGGAUUCGGGCAAGGUCAUGUCGGCUGGUUUGGACGUAUAUGAGAACGAGCCCGAGAUCGAACCUGGACUUGUAAAUAACACCCGCGUGAUGCUGUUACCGCAUAUUGGAACCGCGACCUAUGAGACUCAGAAGGAAAUGGAGCUGUUGGUCUUGAACAACUUGCGCUCGGCGGUGGAGAAGGGCGAGAUGAUCACAUUGGUGCCGGAGCAGAAGGAUAUCUUCAAUGGGCAGGACGGAAAGUAACUGAUGAUUCAAUAGACCUUAUUUUCUUCUAAAUAGAGCAAUGCACAUUUCAUAGACGACCAUUUCCC